CAAGAGUCUGCGAACAUCUGUGAGGAUCGGUUUUCUUAAUAAAAGCGACAGAAACGCAUUUAAGGUCACCCUAAUGAAUCUGUAUGAAAACACGAAUAACCAAAAUGAAACCUUUGUGCUUAUGUAUUUCCUCGUUCAACUUAGACAACUGUGUAGCAAUGCGAGCACAUGCUAGCUCGAUCGAACCAACAUUCUGCUCUGCUGAAGCUGAAGCUGGGGCGCAGCAGCAGCAGCAGCGUAGGAGCCUCUGAUCCGACGAUCAUUUCCGACAACUCCGUAUGGAUUUAACGCCUGCAUGCGUUGCUGCUUGAUGCUUCACAAGGGGGUGAUCACCAAUUAUUUUGAGGAUGGGGGAACCUUGUGACCGUACAAACUUCGAGAAAUGUGGCGUCACUUUGGAGGUGCUCUGAUUUGGAUUAUUGUCAGCCAGCAGCCUCCUCAGGCCUACUAACCAUAGGCGUGUUUCUCCAUGGACACUCUUCUGAAGUCAGAGCUCAGACAGGAAGGGAGUGCUGCUUCUGUGAAGGUGGAGGGUCUAACCACGUCAGCUCUGAUUAAAAGCUUGUCUCCCCGAGUCAUGCUGUCCAAUCAUCUUUUACCAAAAGGAACCAAGAUGAAGGUCAACCUGGAAGAUCAGGGUCGUCAGAAAGUGUCCUUCAGCUUCUCGCAGACUAAAAAGCAGCUGCCAAGUUCAUUCUUCAUAUCUGCCAAUCCUGAUACGACUGUCACUGAACCUCACAAUGCCUCAUCUCAGUCUAUCUUGGACAAAGUGGGAAAGAAUGCAGAAAACAAAACGGAGCAAAAGCAGACAGUCUUGGUGCCGUCAUCUACACCAGAGAAACGUUCUCAAACGUCAGCCUCGCCCUCAACUCGACUCCAAAAAAACUUAGAAAAGAUGCAUUUUAAGAAGCAAAUUAUUAGCAUUUCUGUUACUGAAGAGAAUCCGAUGCCUAUUACAUCUGAGGAUGUGCAUGUCUCUGAAUCAGAGGUUAACUCUCAGAGUGACACUGAAGUUCCAGCUCCCCCGCCUGAGAACAUCAUUAAUGAUAGCUCCCCUAAAAAUGUAACCACUGAAUCCUCUGAGACAAAAGAAGAUUCUAACCUCAAGAAAUCGGCUUCCUCGUCCGGAAUAGAUGGUGAUGGUUCCAGUUGUACUGAUCGGGAUUCUAAUGUGUACAAAAGGAAAACCAGGUCACAGUCAGACAGUGCUCCUCCUUGCUCUGAAUCUGAUGGAGACUUGACCCACGCGUCUUCCAGCCGCAAAUCAGAAGAUUCAAAAAGCAAAACAAGCUCUGACAGCCUGAUCAAAGAGACAAAAAGGUCUUCCUCUAAUUCACAUGUGGGGGAAAAGGAGAAAAAUUCCUCCAAGCGCACAGAGACUCAAGAACAGUCUUCUAGUUACUCCAAAUCUGAUCGUGAUUCUAGGAUGCCGUCCUCUCGCUCAUCUCGUUCGGACAAGGAUCGCAGGAGAUCCAGGACUAGAUCACGUUCUAGAUCAAGAGGUUCUCGGACAAGUUCGUCUCACUCCAGAUCCGAGAGGUCCAGGUGUGACAGAGCUUCUCGCUCGGAAAGAUCGUACUAUCACGAAUCUGAUCGGCGAUCCCACCGGAGUUCUCCACGCAGGGAGAAAAGACGCUCCCGCUCUCGGACUGAAAGAACUCGGUACAGUUCUGACUCUGAAGACGACCACAGGAAAACGAGGACGAGAACAUCUGGGUCCAGCAGGUCAUCUAACUAUUCAAGCUCGCAUAAAGCAUCACAAUCAUCUUCCUACUCGAGAGCCGAGAAAUCUUCAAAAUCUUUAGAGUCUCCCCACCCCUCAGAGACUGACAAAAGGACACAGUCAUCAAAGUCUGAAAGGACUUCAAAGCGUUCCUCAGACUCUGAUUCUCAACAUAGGUGCUCUCCUGAUUUGGACUCCAGUUCCCGCAAAUCUAGCAGUCAUCACAGGUCUGACACCAGUACCAAAUCAUCUUCUUCCAGUAAUCGUAGCAAGUCCCAAUCACAUGACAAGAACAGAAAAAACAGCUCUGGUGAUUCUGAGGGAGAACACAAAACAAAAACUCAGUCUUCUGAAAUAAAUACAAGUUUGUUGGAGAACAGUAAAGACUCUCAAGAGAAAACCAGUAGACCAGAUUCAAAGCAAGUAACUCCCUCUAGGUCAUCCAUAAAAUCCCCUAGACAUCACAGACAGUCAGAUGAUAUGUUUCAUAGUCCUGUCAAAGCGCCAUCAUGUGAAACCACAGCAGAAUGUAGUCCUCAGAUGGAAAGAGAAAAAUCAGAUUCAGAACCAGGUGAGGAUGCACAGGGCAGUCAGGGUGAUACGGACAUGGUUUUAUCUACUGAAAAGACUUUGCAAGAAUGUUUAGGAAAGACAGAGCAAGCAACAAAACCAGUACUUGAACUAGAACCUGAAAAUGCCUCAUUUACAACCUCGAUCAGAAACCUAAAGCUUGCAAACAUCACUCUGGAAAACGUGUGCAAUGUGAAGGCUAGUGAGCCAGAUGUGAGCUCAACUCCAGCUGUUUUAAAUUCAGGUGAAAGCGAAGAUUUUAUCAGUGAAAAAGAUGGAAAUGUGCCAAAACCCUUUCUCGAUGCUACAGAAACAAACAUCACAGAUGAGAUCCAGCAAAACACUAAUAUGGAGAUUGUUGAACCAAAUGACGGUUUGGUAGCCGAAAAUCAGUAUGACCCACAAAAAUCUGAUAUGUCCUGUCUAGAAGCUGAAAGUCAGCUUUUGGAAGAACAGCAAAGUAAAGAUGCCACCAAAAAGAGUACCUGCACUACCAGAAAAUCUCGCUGGGAUAUUGUUGGGCAAGACUCAUGUGAAAAUGAUAAUUCAAACAGGGCUGUUUGUGCAGAACAUAAUCUCAGCCCUAAAAAAGUGGUAUCUGUCAAAAGAAUUGAAUUCUCUAAUGACGGUACUCAACAUGACCUGGACAGUAAAGGUAACAUUCAGUCCAGAGAUGCUAAACAUUCCAACAUGGAGCAGGACGUCUCUUUAGUGACCUUUAAACAUGAAGACCAAAGUGAGCCUUCACAAGCAAGCACCAGCAUUGACCGCUGUGAUUUCAGUCGUAUUACUCAUAAACCAUACACAGAUGAGCCUUCACACAUUAACGAUCAGUUAUCCCAGAUUCACUUAGCCACAUUAGGAAACAUCCAGAAUACUGAUGCCUGUGAGAGGAAAUUAAAGGAGAGCACACUCAGAAAUAAAUCCAGUAAAAGAACAGCCAUCAAUCAGGAUAUGCUAGCAACGCCCAGUGAUGCCAGUGACAGCGACAACUCCGCGUAUGACUCGGAUUGCGACAAUGCCAUAAAGCAGUUUCACUCUGUGGUAGUAGUCCCCAAGCAUUCCUCCCUGACAAAAGAUGUGGAGGAUGGACCAGCCUUUUCAUGUACCCCUUUACAUAUUUCAGAACAGCCCAGCGCCCAUUCGGGAAAAACGAACCAAAUUAACGCACAACAAACACAAACUACAACAACUAGCUUUGUUGAGUUGCCUCAUAUCGGCGUGCUUUGUCAGUCCCAGAGCAACAUGAUUGACAGCACCAGUCACUCAGAAGGUUCCAACGCCAUCAGCGGUCAGCAUUUUGGAGCCGAUCAUACCGGUGCCCAACGAAGUGCAACAGAUUCAACCCCUUUGCUUGAUAAUUCCAGACAAUGUGAGCAAAGUUUGAAGCAACAUGAGAUAAGCAGUCAAGGCGAGCAGGUGCACUUGCAGUUCCAACCUAAUACUCUCUCCGACAAUAUCAACAACAAGAUGAGUUUCAGCUUGGGUUGGGAUUUAUCUCAACCAGAGCAGCCUACCAGCACAUGCCAGCAGCCUGAUAGCAGCCACGGACCACAGUUAAACACUAAAGCAACAGCAACCAAUUCCAAGGAGCCAGAGCAAAGUAUUCACUCCGGUACGCACCAAUCGCCAAACAUGCAAACUAUCAAAAGACCUUACCUCCAUACACACGAACAUUAUCAGGAACCUUCGAGUGAAAUCCACCCGGACUCGCUCACGAAUGACCAUGAUGACUACAGAGCGGAAAAGUCAUCGAGUCAUAACAAAGCACUAAACACUCCAGGGUCAGCGAGCUCAGUGCAAGGUCCUGAAAUUAGCAGCAACAGCAGGGGCCCUGCUUUACCUGAGCCACCCAGAGAGGACAAUCAUAGACCCCACAGAAGCAGAGGACCGCCCAAGAAAAGGCGUCCGGAAAUUGAGUCGGAUUCGGACAACGAGGCAGAAGCUGGACCAUCUGGAAAAAGGGAGCGUCAAGAAGAUGUUGCAGUUUCUAAGGAAGUAAAAGCCGAAGUGGACCGACCAUCGCUCACUCUACGCAACUUUCAAGAUGGCAGCAGAUGGAAAGACUUGGCCAAGAUUAAAAAGAUGCCCCCUUACUUUGACUUAAUUGAGGAGAACAAGUACCUAACAGAGAGAAAGAAAAGCAAAUCUCAUCGAGAUAUCAAGAGGAUGCAAUGUGAGUGUCCAGUGUUGUCGCGAGAGGACCGCGCAAAAGGAGUGAUGGCAUGUGGAGAAGACUGUUUAAAUCGGCUCCUUAUGAUUGAAUGCUCGUCACGGUGCUUGAAUGGAGCAUAUUGCUCUAACCGUCGUUUUCAGAUGAAGCAGCAUGCGGACUUCGAGGUCAUCCUCACUGAAGACAAAGGCUGGGGACUGCGUGCCGCUAGAGACUUGGCUCCAAACACAUUUGUCCUGGAGUACUGCGGCGAGGUGUUGGACCACAAAGGGUUCAAAUCAAGGGUGAAAGAAUAUGCUCGCAACAAGAACAUCCACUACUACUUCAUGGCACUAAAGAAUAAUGAGAUCAUUGACGCAACAUUGAAGGGUAACUGCUCGCGAUUCAUGAACCACAGCUGUGAGCCGAACUGUGAGACCCAAAAGUGGACUGUCAAUGGCCAGCUGAGAGUUGGGUUCUUCACCACCACGGCCGUCACUGCAGGAACUGAACUGACGUUCGAUUACCAGUUUCAGAGAUAUGGGAAAGAAGCACAGAAAUGCUUCUGUGGGGCCCCCAGCUGCAGAGGCUUCCUUGGUGGUGAGAACAGAGUUAGUGUUCGAGCGGCUGGAGGGAAGAUGAAGAAAGACCGCAGCCGAAAGAACGCUCUCACCACGGUGGAUGAGGAGCUGGAGGCGUUACUGGAGAAUGGAGAAGGCCUGUAUGACGAGAAGCAGGUGGUGUCUCUGUGCAGACUGAUGGUCCGAGUGGAAACCAUGGAGCAGAAGCUCCUCUGCCUUAAGCUCAUACAGGACACCCAGAAUCCAUCGUGCCUGAAGCAGUUCUUGGAUCAUCACGGCUUGUCCUUGUUGUGGAUCUUUAUGGUGGAGCUCUCUGAAGCUAAAGGCAACAGCGCUAAUAACAACAAACUGCAGUUAGAGAUCAUGAAGACCCUGGCUGUACUCCCCAUCUCAACGAAGAAUAUGCUUGAAGAGAGCAAAGUCCUGACCCUCAUCCAGCGGUGGGCUCAGAUCAAAACCCUCCCUCAGCAGGCUGAGAUGGAUGGCUACUCCAGCGAGAACACGUCCCGGGCCCAAACCCCUCUGAACACUCCCGAUGGCUCCUCUGCUAAAAUGGCUCCGGAGCUGGACGGCGACACGUCCAAACCUGCCGUUUACAGGCGCCUCAAGAUCAUCAGUGAGAACAGUCUGGACAGCGCUCUGUCUGAUGCUAGCAAGGCAUCCGACGGGAAGGAGGAUGAAGAGGAAGAGGAGGAAGCUGAAAACCUCAACGCCGACCCUCACGACGGAGCAAGCUUGAAGGAAGAACACCUGAGCGAAGGUGUGGAGCCGACAAAAGAAUCCGUGGAGGGGUUUGGGAAAGAGUUGUUAAGACAGGACGAGUCGGAAACGAGCUCAAGCAGUCAGCAGCCCCAGGAUGUGGACAUGAAAGAUGAAACCGAGUUAGAUUCAAAGAUUAAGGAGACAAAAGAGGGUCCGACAAAUGAAGCUGAGACUCCAAACGUUCUAUGUGAGGUGCAGGCGAGUGCAGAAAACCCAGAAAGUGAAAAAGUGCCAGAAAAGGUGGAAUCAGAAGAAGAACUGUCCUCUGUUAAAGUGGAGGAGCCAGAGAGUCAGUCCAACCAAACUGUUCCUGUAGAUGUUCCAACCGAACAGCCGCCAGAGACGAAGGAGACGCGAAAGGAAGCGGAGGAGGAGGUGAGCACUGAGCCCCAGCUUGGCGAAUCUGCCGCAGAAGCUCCACCGAACUCCGAGACCCCAGAGGCUCCGGUCCCCGCCGAGGGGACGUUAGUGCAGGUGGAACCGUCGGUGAUAGGAACGCCAUCUCAGGAUGAAGAGGAAGGCGUGUCGGACGUGGAGAGCGAGAGGAGUCAGGAGCCCCACCUUAGUGUUUUGGACAUCAGUGGCAUGGCGGCCAGACUUCUGGAGAGCUGGAAGGAUCUGAAGGAGGUCUACAGGAUACCAAAGAAGACUCAAGUGGAAAAGGAAGCAAGAGAUCGCAGCCGUGAUCGUGACUUGGCUUUGACGCCACGCGCCACCUCCGGCAGUCGAGAACGGGAAAGAGAGCGAGAGAAGGAAAGGGAGCGCGACAGAGAGAGAGACUACGACAGAGACAGAGACAGAGACAGGGACAGGGACCGGGACCGAGAGCGGAGCCGAGACCGGGACCGGGACCGAACCGCAGACAAAACCCCUCGCAAUUCUGAGCGACGGAGAAGACGCUCGCAGUCUCCGCCCCCCUUACCGUACGAGAGGAGCAGCCGGCGCAAUGAAGAGUGGUUUGACACGCCGAGCAGCAAGACACAGAGAGGAGCUGGAGGAAAAGAGCGCAACAAACUGUCCACAGAGGAGCGCAGAAAGCUGUUUGAACAGGAAGUUGCUCAGCAGGAAGCCCAGAAGCAACAGCAACUUCAGCAGCAGCAGCAGCAACAACAACAGCAGCAGCUCCAGACUCUAACUUAUGACCCUCUAGUCUAUGCCUCCAGCCCAGGCUUCAUCACCUACCCCCCCGGAUACCCCAUACAGACCUUUGUGGAUCCCACCAACCCCAAUGCUGGCAAAGUCCUCCUGCCCACCCCUGCUGUUGACCCGGGCCUCAGCUACGAACAGACUCCUGCCUCAGACCUCAGCCUUCCCUCUCCGUCCUCCACAUCCCAGGCCACUCCCGUCUCCAACGUCUCCCAGCACAUCACCACCACCAACCUCACCACAGCUAACCCACAGCCGUACACGCAGCCAGCCGUAGCGACCCAGGAGGGAGGGGUCGCUGUGCUUUCUGUGCAGGCCCCUCAGGCCCCUCAAGCACAGAGUCAGCAGAGCUACGCCACUCUGUGGGACCCCUCCACCCAGCAGACAGUGACGGUGCAGACGCAGCCGGCACAGCAGUACGCUGCGGCUCCAGGGCCGCCGCAGACGCAGACGGCCAUCUAUUACCAGGGCCAGCCAUGCCAGACCAUCUACAGCAUCCCCACCGCCUACCCUCAGGCCAACGCUCCAGUCAUACAGGCGUACACUGAGCCCACAGCCAGCUACCUGCACGGCCAGCCGGUGUAUCCGGGUCAUCAGCAGGGCGUGGUGGUGCAGCAAGGAGGCACAGUCACCACCAUCGUCACAUCCCAAACUGUUCAGCAGGAGAUGAUUGUACCCAACAAUGUGAUAGACCUGCCUCCUCCCUCUCCCCCGAAACCCAAAACAAUCGUCCUACCUCCCAACUGGAAAGCAGCCCGGGACCCUGAAGGCAAGAUCUACUACUACCAUGUUGUCACAAGGCAAACGCAGUGGGAUCCCCCCACCUGGGAAGGCAGCAGUGACAACACAAGUGUUGACCAUGAAUCUGAGAUGGACCUGGGAACACCGACCUACGAUGAGAACCCCUCUAAGUUCUCCACAAAGACGGCUGAAGCAGACACUUCCAGUGAAUUGGCUAAAAAAAGUAAAGAGACAUUUCGCAAAGAGAUGUCCCAGUUCAUUGUGCAAUGCCUGAAUCCGUACCGGAAGCCGGACUGCAAAUCUGGGCGCAUCAGCAACACAGAGGAUUUCAAACACCUGGCUAGAAAGCUAACUCACGGAGUCAUGAACAAGGAGCUGAAAGCUUGCAAGAACCCCGAAGACCUCGAGUGCAAUGAGAAUGUGAAGCACAAAACUAAGGAGUACAUCAAGAAGUACAUGCAGAGGUUCGGCUCUGUGUACAGGCCCAAAGAGGACACGGACGUGUACUGACCGGACCGAGCUGCGGAUCUUCCCGUUUGCCUCUGCGCUCGCUCACACUGGAGAAGCACAGUUUUGCCUUCCCUUUCACUCCUUUGUGUAUGUCCUGGACAGUGAAGUAGUUUCUUUUCCUUUUUUUUGUUUUUUUGUAUUUAUGUCAAAGAAUUUGCACUGCUGCCCAAGAAUCUCUCCUGGCUUCGUGAAACACACAGAAGGCUCCACGAUCCAAGCCUUUUCAGGUGGCUUGCUUGAAUGCGAUGAGACAAGAGGGGGUGCUACAGAGACUGUGUUCACUGACUGCCUCACUUUUAGUUUUUUGUUGUUUUUUUUUUUUGUUUGUUUUCUCCUCCCUCCCCCCACACUAUUAAAUGUUCCUGAGAUGAUCCCUCUCUUUUUAAAAUCUUUCAGCCCUCAAUCUGAAGUAUUUAGUGAGAUAAAAAGAGUCAGUGGAGCUUUCCGCUGUUUGAAAAUGGAUCAGCGACAGAGGAGUCCUGACUCUUUCUUGUCAGCCCCACUUCCACUGACUAAAUAUCUGGUGCUGCUUUUAUCUGGGCUGCCGAGGUCCAAGCUCACACUGUCCGAACCCUGCUCACUUCACCAGAAAAGCCUGCAGCCUCCUUUUUGUUUUAAGAAUGCACCAACAGGCCGAGGUUUGAGUGGCAUCCUAACGGAAAUUCCUAGCAAUGUGCCCUCACUGGGAAAUGAACUUUUACUUACAGUCCACUGAGGGAUCAGCCAAGGACGAGCAGGUUGGGGAAGGGGUUGGAGCUCGGAAGUUACUUGAUCUUUUAUGAAUUUAAAACCUGAAACAGGGUUGAAAGUCGUUGAUUGGUGUUCUGUUUAAACUGAGGAACAGUUUUUAUUUCCCCCAUCUUCAUCCAGCUCCUUCCCCCAACCGUCUUCUUACAGGAAUACUAAAAAAUGAAGUUUGUAGCAUUGCAGUUUUAACAUUUGCUAAAAAUGUUGUGUGCUUUGGGUAUUUUUAAUAGAUAGUUCUCAUACUGAAGACCCUUGGUUUGGUCGACUUUGCUCCAUGAACUCAUUAAUUUCCCAUAUUUUUUUUUUUUUACUGUUGACAGUAAAAGUUUGUUCUCUUAGCAUUAGAUCACGAUUUCCUCACAGCCCAUUAAAUUGCAUUAAACAAAGUUCCAACAUAUGUACAUUGCUUUAUAUGUGAAUAUAUUGAAUAAUAGUUUUUGGGAAUGUUUUAAAUGAGCAAACACUUUGUAAAAGGACUAUCAUUUCUUGAAUAAAGUGUAAAUAAUGUGUAAAAAUAAUUACCAAAGCUGUAGGCAGGAGUGAAGGGCCCACGAGCACAGUGAGCCCACCCAUCCUCACCAGCUCAGUCCUCCUGAUGCAGUUCCCACUUCAGCCUGUCUAACUCAGUUUUUCUUUAUUUUUUUUAUUUUUUCACUGGCCAGGGAGGUAAACAUGUUUUCUUUCUGUUUAUUGUUGGUGCCGUUUUCAUUUUUUUCCUCAUUAUUUUUCUAUGUACAAAAGUAAGUUCCACCCUACUCUACUGUAAGUAUUGUGUAAGCACAUUGUCAUACCGAGUGUACAAACAUUUUAAAAGAUAAUAAACCUUUUUUUUGUAAGA